ACAAACAUUGAAAUCUUUUUCUCUAUUAUAAACCACCCGCGAUUUUAUCAUAUCGCAAAAAGAACGACAAAACAACCAUUCCAAGGCAGUCAGAUUAUUCAACAAUUCCGAGAGCAUUGAAUGGCGUUCAAGAUCGCCUCUUCUGCGCUUAAGCGCAUCGUAUCGAAUGUAGAGGUCGAACGCAAGUUUAAUCUGGGACCGAAGUUCACCUCUAUCAUCGAGAACCACACUGGCCACCGAGAGAAGAUCCCGUUCAUCUUACGCAGCCAUCCGGGUCAGGUCAUUCGCGACACGUACUACGACACGGAGGAUAGCCAUCUUGAGAAGUUGGGCAUGUGGGUCCGGCGACGCUCCGUCAAUGUACUGCCACUAAACCCUACACGGACAAUCGCCGGCGCAAAGAACGGCGCGCAGUGGAACGCUAAGUUGCGGCUCGGCGGUCAUUACAGCAACUCACAGUUCAUCGAAUUCGACGGCAAGCCAGACGUCUCGCGCGAGGUGCUGCGCAUCACCGACAUGAAGACGAAGCUUGAAGAUUUGCGCGUGGUCUCGGACCUGCAGACGCGCCGAUCGGAGUGGGAGGUGACGCACCUGGCGGACGGCACGCCGCCAUCGGCAAAAAUGACAAUUGUCGUGGACGCGGUCACCGAGGCCGAGGCCGAGGCCAACACCGGCAAGGAUGGAAUCGACGAAGCAGCCUUCAACCAUACCAUCGGAGAGGUUGAACUCUUUCAGGAGAUCGUGACCGAGGGAAAAGAUGAGGCAGAGCACGAGGCGCAUCGGAAGGAAAUUGGGGCGCAAAAGAUGAAGGAGUUGGAGGAGUUCAUGUUGUCCCAUCCAGACCUAUUCUCCACGAGUCCAUCUCCGAUUGGCAAGCUCACCGCGUACGAUACGUGGAAGGCUGAACGUACCUAGCUGGGGAGCUGAAGAUGGUCUACUUGACAGAACCAAAGGUUGGAAGACACUAUCCAACGAUGCGAUUCAAUUACACAGGUGAUCGAGUUAGUUCGGAGCUAGGGUGGUCUUGCCAAAUCAUAUCUGACUUCACAUGAAGCUGAGAACGUUAUUAAAAUGGGAAACUACGAGUCCUAACAAUGUCGUGAUGUAAUUGUCUCAAGUGAAUUACUGGACGCAAAGGAAACCUUCUGCCUUUAUAAUUUCCAACUAGCGGUUAGCUAGCCGAGUAUCCUCGCUACUUCCAAGGCUGUUAACUGACAAGCCUUCCUGCC